AACGCUUUCAAACAAACAUGGCGGCGCAGGAGGUGUUGACGGCUUCACACGUGGAGAAAAAGGCAAAGAAAAAGCCUGCAAAGCGCUAUUGGGAAGAAACAGAAAACACAGAGCAAAACAAAGCAACCGAAGAGGAGAGUAAAGAUGAGCAGAAGCAGAAACCCCACACAGAGAAGAGGAAGAAAGAAGAACGUUUACUGUCAGGGAAAGAAGACCCUUUUCCUGGAGAGAAGCCGAUCCCACAGAAGCAGCUGCGCACGUUUCAGAGAGGACAGAAACACAAAGUGCCUGCACGAGCCGGUCCGAAGCUGAAACAUGCCAUCACGUCCUCUGAGUCUCUGUCUGAACUGGCUCAGAAACAGGCUGCACGAUACGGUCUCCUGCUCCCAGAGGAUGCUGGGUUUCUGGAAGGAGACGAUGGUGAAGACACGUGCACCAUCGCUCAGGACGAUAUUGCAGAUGCUGUGGACAUCACAUCUGGAGCGAAGUACUUCAACCUGCAUCUCUCCCAGUUUGGGCCGUAUAGACUUGACUACAGCAGAACUGGACGGCACCUGUUGCUGGGCGGGAGGAGAGGUCAUGUGGCCUGCUUCGACUGGCAGACCAAACACCUGAUGUGUGAGAUGAACGUCAUGGAAACAGUUAAUGACAUCAAGUGGCUUCACACAGAGGCCAUGUUUGCUGUGGCACAGAAGAAGUGGCUCUACAUUUAUGACUCGAAAGGUGUGGAGCUCCACUGCAUAAAGAAGUUCAACGACGUCUUGCGGAUGCAGUUCCUGCCGUACCACUUCCUGCUCGCCACAGCGAGUGCCACAGGCUUUCUGCAAUACCUGGAUGUGUCGAUCGGUAAAGAGAUCGCGGCCAUCUGCACAAAAUCUGGCCGUCUGAACGUGAUGACGCAGAAUCCCUAUAACGCCAUCAUCCACCUGGGACACACCAACGGCACCGUCAGCCUGUGGUCGCCCAAUCAGAAAGAGCCUCUGGUGAAGAUGCUGUGCCAUCGAGGGGCGGUUCACUCUGUAGCGGUGGACAAAACCGGCACGUAUAUGGUGACGUCGGGUCUGGAUAGGAAGUUGAAAGUGUAUGACAUCAGAGCUUUCAAACCCUUCCACUCCAGUUUCCUGCCAGCGGGAGCCUCGUGUCUGUCUCUAAGUCAGAGAGGACUGCUGAGCGCCGCUACUGGAGAUGUUGUACAGGUGUAUCAGAACGUUUGGGGAAGCACUCCUGUGUCCAAACCCUACAUGGCGCACCGUCUGCGAGGACAGGUCUGCGGAGUGGCGUACUGCCCCUUCGAGGACGUUCUUGGAAUUGGACACGGCCAGGGCUUCACUAGUAUGAUCGUACCAGGUGCAGGAGAACCGAAUUUCGACGCUCUCGAUACGAACCCGUACCGCAGCGCUAAACAGAGGCAGGAGUGGGAGGUCAAGGCUCUGCUGGAGAAAGUGCAGCCCGAGCUGAUCGGUCUGGAUCCCGGACUGCUGAGUAAAGUGGACCAGGCCAGCUUUGAGCAGAGACACAAGGAACGGGUUGAAGUAAUGGGAUUUGAUCCUUUGGCGAAACAGAAAUUCAAGCCGCGGAUGAGGAAGAAGGGAAGAAGCUCUGCAGGCGCUGUAGAGAAGAGAAAGAGGAAAGUCGCCCAUGAAGAUCAGAGGGAUGAAAUCCGACAGACUGUUGAAGAGAAGAUGAAACGACAGAAAGAGCAGAAAGAGAGGAGCGACGAGAGGAAAGAGCUGGAGAAGAAAUCAGCGCUGGAUCGCUUUAAGAAGUGAAGAUGUCUGAUGUACAUCGAGAACAGUGUUGCUCAUCUGCCGCACACACUGGCAGAUUACAGGACACGACUGUUUUAUAAUAAAAUAUCCUGAUGUCA